UGGUCGAACCGUGCCCGCGCCCAGUCCGCUCGCGCACUCACUCAUUCACACCCACUAGGCUCUAGUCAGCGUUGGCUCACACAGACAGGGAGAGAGAGACAGAGCGAGAGGAAGAGAGACAGACAGACAGACAGACAGAAAGAGAGAGAGACAGGCAGAGAGAGUGGGAGUGUGUAGUUCGCUAGCUGCCAUCCUCACCCUCACACCUCCACCACAGCCGUAUGCAGUGAUCCUCCGGCGGCUCAGGGACGAACACAGACGGGAAGAAGAGGCAGCGAGAAGAGCCGAGCAACAUGAAUCCUCAGUGUAGCAGAUGUAACAAGGUCGUGUAUCCCACGGAGAAAGUCAACUGCCUGGACAAGUACUGGCACAAAGGAUGUUUCAGCUGCGAGGUCUGCAAAAUGACUCUAAACAUGAAGAACUACAAAGGCUUUGACAAGAAACCCUACUGCAGCCAACACUACCCCAAGACUUCCUUCACCAGUGUGGCUGAUACUCCAGAGAAUCUCCGGCUCAUGCAGCAGAGCAAGGUGCAAAGCCAGGUGCUGUACAAAGAGGAGUUUGAGAAAAACAAAGGGAAAGGAUUCAGCGUGGUGGCCGACACACCGGAGCUGCAGAGAAUCAAGAAGACCCAGGACCAAAUCAGCAACAUAAAGUAUCAUGAAGAAUUUGACAAGAGUCGAAUGGCAGGAGAUGCCCCACCUGCUGAGACCAACGCUGCCUAUCAGCCUUCCAGCCCUCAGAGCUACAACUAUGAUCCCCAGCCUGUGCGCUCUGCUGCAGCUCCUCCUCCUCCUAGUGGCGGGAAACGCUACAAAGCCAUCUAUGACUACGCUGCAGCUGAUGAGGAUGAGGUGUCGUUCGCUGAUGGAGAUGUGAUCCUGGAUGUGCAGCAGAUAGACGAGGGCUGGAUGUUUGGCCGCGUGGAGCGCACUGGCAAGCAGGGCAUGCUUCCCUCCAACUAUGUGGAGGCUAUAUGAACAAGAAAGGUAGAAUUGCAGAGAGUGAAGAGGAGAAGGAUACAGGAGGGAGGGAUACACAGAGGAACAGCCUGGUUGCCAUCUCCACUUAAGAUUAUUUUUCCCCCCAGUUCAUUUCACUAUUUGUUUAACUUGGUCUUAAUUAAAUGAGAGAAACUUGAUCAGGCGUCUAAGCUUUAGCUAGCUAGAAACAGUGCUAAUACGCUUUUCCUAGAGGAAAAGCUGCUCCUGUCAGCUGAGCGAACGUUUAUAUUUUUUCUCUUUUAUUUCUUUUACUCUCCCUUUUCCUAUGCAGUUGGUGCUUGUUGGGUUUGUGCAUUGCUUUGCCCUUGUGUUGAAAAGUAUGGCUCAGUUUGUUCUACGUACGUGGAAACAAACCUCUGUUGCAGCAGAAAACAUUGAAGUGCGAUGAGUUUUGGGUUGGUAUGACUGUAGGAAAGUUAGGGCUGCAGUGUAAAGCAUGGUAAGUGCAGUUUCAGGCAGUCGCUUAUCUAAAUGUCCAGAUGAUGAGCGGCCAGCACUUGUCGCUUAACCAAUGUCUUAAUUGGCAAAGUCUUAAUCACAAGCUUGUUUAUGGCAAGCACUGCAGACGGGUAGGGAAAGCCCUUUAGAAUUCCUUUUAUGCACUUUGAGGGAAAAAAAUACCAAAAAAAAACUAAGGGUUUUAUAUGAAAAACAGUUAUGGUACAGUAAUCUACUGAAAAUGUCAUCCUGAAUUUAAAAAGAAAAGGUUUUAUAGAAUUCUGAGUAUAUAAGUGUAAUCAGUGACUUAUCAUUCCAUUAUUUUGUAAGGAAGCAUUCCAAUCCAUGAUUAUAUUAAAUAAUAAACUGAUUAUCAAAGCACAGAA